AAAAAAAAAAAACACCCUUAAGAGAAAAGCGAAGGGCGAUAAAGGACACUGACAUUGUCGGCAAACAAAAGUUUAAAAUAACGUUAAAAACUAAUUAACUUUUAGUACACAAAUUUAAAGAUAAUGAACAAAAACACGAUCAUAAAACUGACAUAAGUUAUAUUUUUAUAUACAGUUUUUAGUGUUUUUUAAUUAAAGCACUGGCUAAAGUCGAUAAUAAAGUCUAAAAAUAAAAUGUUUAAAAGUAAAAACGAAUGUAAUGUUGUGUACAAGUGCACUGUUCGCCUGCUUGAUGAUUCGGAUGUCUUAGAAUGCGAAUUCCAGCCAUUCCACAAAGGCAUUUACCUAGUCGACCAUAUAUGUAGGCAAUUAGAUAUUAAGGAAAAGGACUAUUUUGGUUUACGCUAUGUAGAUACGGGAAAACAAAGGCACUGGCUUGACCUAGCCAAAUCCAUAUUAAAGCAAUGCAAAGAUAUAGAUCCUGUACUAUUUUCGUUACGUGUUAAAUUUUAUCCAGCGGAUCCAUUUCGCCUCACCGGCAAUGGACGCAUCAUGCUCUUCCAGCAGCUGAAGAGAGAUCUUCGUCAUGGGCGCUUAUACUGUUCGAUGGGCGAGGCAGCUGCCUUGGGUGCACUUAUCGUGCAGGAGGAACUCGGUGAUUAUGACGAGCUAAUACACGUGGGAGACUAUGUGUCGUCAUUGGACUUGGCUUUACGUCAAACCGAGAGUCUGGAAAAGAAGAUCAUAGAGCUGCACAAGAAGCGAAAACCUGGCCAGCACCCCUCCGUCGCCAUGGACGAAUUCAUGGGCAUCGCGCGCGGCCUAGAGACAUAUGGUAUUGAUCCGCAUCCCGUAAAGGAUCAUCGCGGCUCACUGCUCUACGUGGGCAUCAAUCAUGCGGGCAUCAGCACCUUUGUAGCUGGCAAACGGUCGCAACACUUUCGAUGGAAUGAAGUGCAUAAAAUUAACUUCGAGGGAAAAAUGUUUAUUGCGCACUUAAGCUUUACAGAUGCCAGCCGGGAGCCCAAAAAACACACAAUUGGCUUCAAGUGCCCAUCAGGACCCGCUUGCCGCUAUCUAUGGAGAUGCGCCAUCGAGCAAAUGUUAUUUUUCACAUUACCAAAUAGCCAGCAUGCAGCUGUUGUCUCUGGCGGUGGCUUUUUCUCCUGGGGCACCAAGUUCCGUUAUACGGGUCGAACUGAACGCGAGAUAUUGACUGAAAGCAUAAACGCAUUACGCGAGCAAAAAAUGACCAAUUCAACUUCGAGCAAGCGCAAAGCGAGCAGUGUACCAGCCACGCCCUCCAGUCCGCAGGGCGACCUAGCACAAAUACGCUACAGCAGUUUGCCACGUUCCACAAUGUCUGAGCCACUGGGCUGCUCCAUGGCGCCGAGCAUUCUCAUCUAUGGCCAGGACACUGGCGUCAAUGGUAGUCUGCAAAUGCCUAGCCUGGAGCCGGUUUGCGAAGAGGCGCGUCUUCGCUCCUCGAAUAUAGAUAGACUCAAUCACAUGGGUUCCGAUUUAUCCGGCUAUGCGUUCCGUGACUCCAUGGAGCAUUCGUCCACGGAGAGUGGACUCACAGCGAGCGGAUACGACGUGGCUGGAAAACCGCGUGGGAACCAGAAUGACUCCAAACAGCAUCUUUAUUAUUCAUCCAAGCAGUACUAUGCGCUGCCCAAUCCCGCCUUAAAUUCAAGCUCUUCCGUCGGUAUCGCCAGUGGGAAACAUUUAGGCAAAUUUUCGCGCACACACUCCAAUCCUAACAAUGGUGGCAAAAGUUUACGUAAAUUCCAUUUAUUACACGCCUUUAUACCAUCCGUUAUCUUUGUUGUAAUCGCAAUGGCUGGCACAGCUGUCCUCAUCAUGGAAUCAGAGCUGGAAAUGUUUGAACGCGUACGAAACUCUCCCGAAAUGCUUAGUUUGCGCUAUCAGUAUUAUCAGCCCCUAAAAGAGUUUAUCAUUGAAAAACUAGGCAAAAAAGUGUAAUUUUCAUUGACAAGACUUCGUAUAUAAACAAAUAUAUGAGUU